CUACAUCCCUGAGCUGUGGUUUGAAAUAAGAGCCAGGCGGACAGUUGCCUCCCUGCUCCUGACUUUUAAUAGGCUGGGAAGGAAGGUUGGGACACUUGACAUUGUCUUGGGAAGAGUCCCCCCAGCAAAGGAUAAAAGAGGAAGAAAACAAAACAAACAAACAAAACACAGAUCAACAAACCAACAAGCAAGACGGGGAGAAAAACUUGUGUACAGUGGGAAACUUGAUGGAUUUCUGCCCUGCAGAUAGCAGCGCGGCGUGAGCCCCUUCCCGACUGGAUGGAUGGAUGAUGGGAAGCUCAACAUGAGGCAGAUAGCUGAUCAGCUUCCCUGGAUUUUGCUGACGCCACAGGAAAGCUUUGCCUGAAGAUGGAAACACUGGAGUCGGAACUGACCUGCCCUAUCUGUCUGGAGCUGUUUGAAGACCCGCUGCUGCUGCCCUGCGCUCACAGCCUCUGCUUCAACUGCGCGCACCGCAUCCUCGUCUCCCACUGCGCCACCAACGAGCCGGUGGAGUCUAUCACCGCCUUCCAGUGCCCCACCUGCCGCUAUGUCAUCACCCUCAGCCAGCGUGGCUUAGAGGGGCUCAAGCGCAACGUCACCCUGCAGAACAUCAUCGACCGGUUUCAGAAAGCCUCGGUGAGCGGGCCCAACUCCCCCAGCGAGACCCGCCGGGAGCGGGCUUUUGACAGCAACAGCAUGUCGUCCUGCGAGAAGGUCCUCUGCCAGUUCUGCGACCAGGACCCUGCCCAGGAGGCGGUGAAGACCUGUGUUACCUGCGAGGUCUCCUACUGCGAGGAGUGCCUGAAAGCCACUCACCCCAACAAGAAGCCCUUCACUGGCCACCGGCUGAUUGAGCCCAUCCCAGACUCUCACAUCAGGGGAUUAAUGUGCUUGGAGCACGAGGACGAGAAGGUUAACAUGUACUGCGUGACUGAUGACCAGCUGAUCUGUGCCUUGUGCAAGCUAGUCGGACGGCACCGUGACCAUCAGGUGGCAGCUUUAAGCGAGCGCUAUGACAAGUUAAAGCAAAAUUUGGAGAGUAACCUCACCAACCUUAUUAAGAGGAAUACUGAACUGGAAACUCUUUUGGCGAAACUCAUUCAGACCUGUCAACACGUAGAAGUAAAUGCAUCCCGCCAGGAAACCAAGCUGAUGGAAGAAUGUGACCAGCUCAUUGAAAUAAUCCAGCAAAGACGACAAAUAAUUGGAACCAAAAUCAAGGAAGGAAAGGUGGUAAGGUUGAGAAAACUGGCUCAGCAGAUUGCGAACUGCAAACAGUGCAUUGAGCGUUCAACAUCCCUCAUCUCUCAGGCUGAGCAGUCUCUGAAGGAGAAUGAUCAUGCUCGCUUCCUGCAAACUGCUAAAAACAUCACUGAAAGGGUUUCCAUGGCAACUGCAUCCUCCCAGGUUCUAAUUCCUGAAAUUAAUCUCAAUGAUACUUUUGAUACUUUCGCACUAGAUUUUACCAGGGAGAAGAAAUUAUUGGAAUGCCUUGAUUAUCUUACAGCUCCCAACCCUCCCACCAUUCGAGAAGAGCUCUGUACAGCUUCUUAUGAUACUAUUACUGUCCACUGGACAUCGGAUGAUGAAUUCAGCGUGGUCUCUUAUGAGCUGCAGUACACCAUCUUCACUGGACAAGCUAAUGUUGUUAGUUUAUGUAACUCAGCCGACAGCUGGAUGAUUGUUCCCAAUAUCAAACAAAACCACUACACCGUGCAUGGGUUGCAGAGUGGCACUAAGUACAUCUUCAUUGUUAAGGCCAUUAAUCAGGCUGGCAGCAGAAACAGUGAGCCCGGCAAGCUCAAGACAAACAGUCAGCCAUUUAAACUGGACCCCAAAUCUGCUCACAGAAAAUUGAAAGUGUCUCAUGAUAACUUGACAGUGGAACGUGAUGAAACCUCCUCCAAAAAGAGUCAUACACCAGAGCGAUUCACAAGCCAAGGGAGCUACGGAGUAGCUGGCAAUGUGUUCAUUGACAGUGGACGGCAUUACUGGGAAGUGGUUAUUAGUGGGAGUACAUGGUAUGCCAUUGGUAUUUCAUACAAGUCAGCCCCAAAGCACGAGUGGAUUGGGAAGAACUCUGCCUCCUGGGUGCUCUGCCGCUGUAACAACACGUGGGUGGUGCGACACAACAGCAAGGAAAUCCCAAUAGAGCCCGCACCUCACCUCCGCCGUGUUGGCAUUUUGCUGGACUACGACAACGGUUCCCUUGCCUUUUAUGAUGCCUUGAACUCCCUGCACCUUUACACCUUUGACAUUACAUUUGGGCAGCCCGUGUGCCCCACAUUCACUGUGUGGAAUAAGUGUUUGACCAUUAUAACUGGCUUGCCUAUCCCUGACCACUUAGACUCCUCUGAGCAGCUGGCAUGACUGCUAAAAGCCAAAAGGUAGGAGGACGCAUUUCCUGAGGGCAGGUGCCUGCAGGAGCUUGCCAGAGCUGGCAGACUGCCUGGCAUCCCAGUUGUUGCUGUCGAGCCUGGACAGAAGUGAAAAGGGAAGAAACUCUCUUUUCUGAGUACUUUGUGCAGGACAAGAAGUGGCUUUAAUAAUACCUUAGAACUCUUUUUGCAGUUGCUUUUGUUUUGAUUUGUAUUUAGUAUCUUACAGGAAGAUUUAUAAAUUAUUUAUAAAAAGAAAAAAAGGAAAAAAAAAAAAAAAAAAAAGAAAGAAAAAGAAAGAAAGUGAGAGAGAGAGAAAAGGGAAAGCCUGUUUUGGAUACCUGGAAAAUGACUUAUUUGCUUUGCACAUUGAUGGUCCUAUUCAUUAAAGUUUCAUCAGCCCCUUUACAUUGUUUUAUUUUACAGUGGAUAAAAGCAGGAAAUUGGAAGGAUGGAAACUGUGCAGUGGACAAGUCAGUAUACUGCUGGUUUUAUUCAUACCAAUAUUAGUGCUCUCAUUACCGAUCUUACUGAAUACAAGAUCUCUUAAUUUCUACUUUCCACAUGGGAAUGUGCAGACCAAAUAGAAUGAAAAUAAACAAGCAAGGAAGUGGAGCUAGACAACACAGCAAAAGAAGAAAGUUUAAUUUACUUCUGUUCAUGGUGCAUUAUGUUCUCUGUUCAUAAAACACAUGUGGAGUAUCUCCUAGAAAUGUGAGUGUAUAAAUCAUCUGGUGAUUUAUUUUAUUGAUGGCAACAUUCCCGUCUGCCAAUGUUUCACUUUCAUGUUUGGGAAACAUUGUAGAAUCACUGAGGAUGUGAAAGACUGAUACCAUCUCUGAAAAUCAGCAACACUGGAGGAGAGCAGCCAAUCCAAGGUCUGACUGUAGACUAGUUUGAUAAAGCACUGCAUCAUUUAAGGUUUGAUUGUAAUGGAAGAUGUCAUGGUUCUGAUGGUAGACAUGUGAAUGCUUAUUACUAAUUUUACGAAGUUCAAUACAGCAAGCCCAGCCAAUAACUCAGAAGUGAGACAUGAGCCACUUUACCAUUGAUUUUAAAUUAAAUACAAAUGUUUCAUUGUUGUACACUGUGUAGUAUCUAUAACAAAGCAAGGAAAUCCGUUUUGCAUGUGCUGUGUGGAGAAACACUACAGCUGGAGUUUGCUCAUAAUUAUCAUUGUCUUGGGUUGUUUGGGGAAGCACAGUUCUCUUUGUGAAUGAGGAGUAAAUAACAAAUUUUCAGCAGCAGUAGGAAUCUGCACAGGCAGGCCCUACAUUCAUCUUGGUGUUAGUGGAUGAACCUGAAUGAAGUCAACAGAGGUUGUACCUAUUUAAUCUCAAAGCUGAAUCAGGUGCAUUUUUUUUCUCUUUCCUUUCUACAGAGUAGAAAUCCUUUGUAACUACUACAAUACUUAUAUAAAAUGAUCAUUUUGGAAGAUGCUUGAGGCAUAUGACAAAUUUAAAAGAAUGGUUUUCUCAUGGUGUUUUGUUGUUACUAUGCAAAUGGUGAAAAUCUGCCUGUGUAGAAAGUUGAAUACCAGCUUUUAAAAAAGAUUUUCUCUGUUAUUACCAUGCUUUAGGUGUCCUUUGAAAUGGAUGCCUUAAUGCACUUUGUUCACUAAUGGGUCCAGAAUAAAAUGGUCCCAAGCUCAGCUUCAGAUUUUUUUUAAAUACUGAUUCUGCAGGUACAAAGCUGCACUACAGUUUGCCUUAUGACGAUAUAGAAAACUUAUGAACAAGGUGAUGAAUACAUACAUGUCUACAGGGUUUAUUUUUCCCUUUUCUAACAAAAAAUAAAUGUCUGUCCAUAUUCCUUUCAUUUCACUUUACGUGCUCUGCUAACUGGUGAAUUAAAUGGAGAAAAGAGUGACAGUACAGUGCUGGUACCAUGGCUUUCUGAUGCAGUAGUAUCUCAUGGUUCACAGGUAAGAUUGGUGCAGAAUUGACAUAAAUACCAGAAAAUAUGUACAUACAGCGUACUACAGUGUUUAUCUUUGUGUCUUUAGUAAUAAAUAAAUGGAUAUGCUUAAAAAUGAAAAAGUAAAUUAAUCCCCAAACAUCGUGUUUUGUAUCUGAAUACAUUGCUACCUCUACUACCUGGUGUACAUUGCCCAGAUAAUCUGUCCUGGGAUGUUUGGAAGGUAGCUGAGAUGGCAUGAAAAUUAUUAUAAUGAGCUGACAGGUGAUGACUGAUAAGAAGUAGUGAUAAAAAUGUACAGAAGGAAGGAAGUCUUAAAGUAGGAUUUUUGCCAAGUUUCCAUCCAACAGGAAAGGGUAUAUUGCCGCUGUAAAAGUAGCAAAGCUGUGUACCUCCUUUUUUGCCAGAAAUAUUAACUCUAGAAGCUGAUUUCAGUAGUGGACAAACUGAAAAUACUGUUCAGUGUUUGGCCAUACAAUGUUAGCAGAGAUUGAGCAGGAAUUAAUACCAUGAAUUUGGAAAGAUCCCCGGUGAUCUCACAUAUUUUCAUCUUAAAAUUAAAUUGUGAGUUCAAAGACAGAUCAUUGUUUUGGUGAAAGGAAAAACAAAUGGUCUGUAAUCUACAGGCCUUGCUGUAUCAUUUAUAUUUCAAUACAGAAUACUUCAUUUGGAGCUAAAUCACAUUGCUUCAGUACAGUAUUAAUUCAGUCAGUACAUUAUGUGUUUAUAUGUUUGUGUAUAUAUAUGUAUGGGUAUACACACACUAGUAUAUGUCCAAAUAUAGUGUAACGUGUGUAUAUACAUACAUACAUGCACACACAGCAUGACAAUAUCUAGUCAGGUGCUCCUUUUUUGCUUGUUUCUUGAAUUAUUUCAUAUUCUGUAUGGACUAUGAGGAAACAAGUUCACUAUGAAUGGUAUUCAUCUGGACAAUUUUUAACAAACAACAUCUGUUCACUUUACAAUACUUGAUUCAAUGCCUGAUUAAUCAAUAAAAGCAUCCAUUCGAAACCAUAGCUUCUGUGGUCUGUGGCAUUUUGCAUGGUCCAUAGGAAUCUAUUGAAAUCUGGGGGAAUUGUGAUCUUUGUGUAAAAGCAAAGCAUGGUACUUUAAUAUAGAGUGCAGUCUUAGAUGAAGGCUUUUCCCUGAUUUUUCAAAGUUUUGUGACUAGAAAUGAAGUAACAUUUUAUAAUGUCAUGUUUAACAAAGCCAGAUUUAUGAGGAAUAGAAUUCUAAGAUGCAAGCAAUGAAAGUAAUAGAUAAAGCCUAUAUUGGUAUAAUCAUUGUUCCAAGGUUAUGUUUCAAAGCCAAGCUGUGAUUAAGCAGAAUUAGACUAAGCCAUAGAACAGCCUCUUCAGAAAACAGUAGAAUCAUCUCAGAGUCAUCUAAACUCUGGUCUGACUUGAGGUAAUGGAAUGGAAGGGGUCAAUUUUUUUUCGUUCUGAGGCCAGAUAAAAUUUUCCAUAUGUUAGGCUUCCAUGUGUUAAUGCACAUCUAACAGGGAAAAAUCAUUUAGGCUGUAUGUUGUAAAUUAUUUAGUAGACUGUCUUUAGCCCAUUGUAGUUUCCCAAUGAUGGCUUUCAGAGAGCAGGCAGGGAGCUGAAGAUGUUGUGUUUUCUGGACAUGAGUUUAUUCUUUCUCUGUAUUGGUUAUCCUAUUUCUCACUUUCCCCAGAGGAGAGACUCCUACUGAGCAGUGGGUCCCAAAUAUAAGAAGCAUGAAAUUCCCUCAGAUGUAGGUACACUAUGAAAAGCUGGAAAUGGGCAAAUACAGAUGAAAAUGUAUAUACAUUGUUCAUUAUAAGAGCAAUGGCAGGUCACUGAAUGGGAGUGUGCAUCAUAAGCGUUUUAACCCUGCCUCUUAAGUGGGAAGACUGUAUUCUCCUCACGAUAGAAAACACAACAGGGCACUAUUGACAGCUGAAGUGUCAGCUCUUUAACGAGUUCAUUGUGAGAUGGCCAGAAUAUAUAGCACUAUGAAGUACUAUUUGCUAUAGGAGAUUUUUUGAUAAUUAUUUGACAUCAGACACAAUAUAAGUAUUUCUUUCUUAAUUAUUCUGACAACGCAAAUGUCUACUAAUUCCCAGAUUCUGCUGGUAGUUAUAACAGCACAAAUUCAAGAUUACCCACCUACCAAAACAAAGGGAGAAUUUCCAGUGGCUCUACCUGUACCACCAAAACUGAGAUUAUUGGCUUUAAUUGGAAACUGUCUUCAUUUUUGGUUUAGGAGCGAACAAGUGUUGGAUCCACAGCAAGAGAAAUUUCAUGCUGUUCCAUCACAGUUACUGGUCAGCACAUACCUGGCCUGAAGGCCAUGAGUGGGGCAGCCUUGGGAAAAUAGUGGCUUAUUUUACAUCAUCCAGCUGUAUUUACUGUGUAACUAAACACCAGCUCCUUGAGGUCAGUCUAUCUCCUUUCCCAAAUGGUAGGUAUCCCUAAAACAGUGCUCCCAAAGGUGAAAAUCAUGACUUUUCUGGUAUUCCCACAUCUGAUCAGAAUAAUUAUAUGUUUAUUCUGUCUGCAGUUCAUACUAUUCAGUGUCAAAAUGUUUCCUCCUUGUGCAUAACUGCCACACCUAUGUGUUACACUAAAAUCAAGCACAGUCUCUGGCCAGAUUGACAGCCUUAUGGUUUAUUCUAUCCCAUUGAUCUUAUAUACUCUUGCAGGAGCACAGAGGUUUGUUUGUAUCCCAUAGACUGUCUUCUACAGCUCUUAUGUCUGGCUCAUUGAAAUAGUGUCAUUUCCAUAUAUUUUGUCUGGUCAUCUUUUGAAGGAUGAAAUGUAAAUGUGACCAGGUUGACCAAUCUAUCUUCUCAAUUAUAGCUAGACCUUCAAUGUCAUCUUUAUUGAGGUUGUUGAAGCUUUACUGCCAAAUUGUGAGUUAUUUGGCUCCUAUAUUUCAUUUAAUUUAUAGUUUUUUGUUUUGUUUUGUUUUGUUUUUGUUGUUCCUUGGUAGAUACUCAGGGGCCAGCAAGCUUUUUAAAAUUUCAAUCAGCAGAGAGAUGUGUGAAAACAUGGUGCCUCGUGUUUUCAAGCUGCUUUGUGCAAUUUUUCACUUUGUGAUCUUUAGGACUUUAUCUCAACGAUAAUUAAAAGCAUGCACAGGUUGCUUAUGUACUGAUGCACUGGCAAAAUUCUCAUAACACCAUCUCUAAUAUCUUUUCACAUGUUGAUCUUUCCCAGAGUUGGAAUGCAUGUCCAGAUAUAGGAAUGUAAGGUGCAGGGUUUGCUUUUUUUGUGUCAUUAGGCUGAUUGCACAUUUAAAAUUAUGACCUUCAGCACACUGUUCUGAACUUCAGUCUUAAUCUUUGUCUUUUCUACAGGGAGGAAAGCCCUGGUACUUCCAAUAGCUGAUAGUGGGUCUUCCAAGUUAUACUGAGUUGUUUGUUUUUAUUGUGCUUUUUGAACUGAAAGAAACUCUUUACAUUUAAACCUUUGAUUUAGCAUUUGAUUUUCAUACUAAAAAGGUAAAAGACUAAAGAGCAGUGGUGCUAACAGUGGUGCAGUGUGAGUAAGACUUGAUUUGGGCCAUGAGGCAUAAGGCAUCUGUGUUCAUUAAUCUUGGUAUAGAUUUGAGAGUUAUGGGAUUGAAUACAUUCAGUGUUGAGGAAGCCCCAGUUUAGAAGCACAACAAUGUAUUGGGAAGGCAUGAAGUCUUCUAGUUUUUUUAUCCUCAUUCUCCCACAAUGUGAGUGACAGCGUCAUAAUUACUGCUGCCUGAGAGAGGCACAGAGUUAGCAAAAGAGAGAGUGCUGGGAGGGAUCAUUCAGAACGGCAGGGCAGCUGGAAACCUGCCACUGCUGCCUGCCCUCAUGCCAUCCUGCAGCUCUACAAAGCAAGUCUGUACCUAUUCUGCCUUUUGAUACAGCUCAGCCCCAAUCUACAUUCCCAAAUGAUAGAAGAAAAACAAACAAACAACAAGAAAACAUCUUGCAAUUAUAUGUUUGAAAUCCUAACAUGAAUAAAAGCAGAAGGGCAGGGAUGACAGCCCCAGGCUUUGAUUCUCUUUUUAUUCUACUUUUGUCCAGAGUUUUUACAUAUGUUGACUUCAAAAGAGAUUUACAUAAAGGUAGGUACAACCCCAUGAAUUUUCAGUUUCCAAGGGGUCACCAGCCGAGUAAAGCAGUAGCCUGUGUGCUAACAGCUCAGCAUUCCUAUUAAAUCAUAUCUUUGUAGAAAGCACAUUAACUGCUAGCAAAACUGCAGUUUCUCAUGAGCUGUUUCCUAAGGCCAGCACAGGUGUGCUUUAAAAUGUAUGGUUCAAUAACAUUCUUCUUGGGUGAAUUGUUUGGGCAACGCUUUGCUGUUUCCCCAAAGCAGAGUGGGAACAAUUCUCUUAGCAGGUGCUGUGCUGCUUUUACAGAAAGAUAGAUAAGCUUUUAUAUAAUUUUUCAACUUAAGACUAUUGUUCUUGGCCUUCUUUUUAAAAAUGAAUAAGAAAACAAGUUUAGUAGCACACUUCCUUUAAGUUUUUGUCAUAAUUUAUAUAAUUAUUUGAAUGCAUGGAGAUGUUUUUUUCACAAGGAAUACCACCUAGUUUCUUUAUAGUGUACACAGACAUAUAGUAAUUAGGAUUAUUUCUGAAAAUCCAUGCAUUCAUAAAAUAGCUUAUAGUCUCCUUUAAAAGACUGCAAAUGGAGGCUUUAUGUUUUGCCUAAUAGUCAUUAAACUCAAAACAAUUGAAAACAAAAGUUUUACAUGGUUGGACCACUGAAAUAUUUUAAAAUGAGAGCCAUCUGCCACAUAAGAGGAUAUUAAAGUUUUAACUAGCAUUUUUAUUAGUUUUUUUUCCCCUCGAUUUGUUACGUGGGUAACAAAUUAUUCCCUUGAAAAUAUUCUUCUGCUAUCUUUCCAUUUCUUCUUUCUUUAUGCUACUACUCUUAUUUUCAGACAUCAAAAGUUAGAGUAGCAAGAAGUGUGUGUGUAAGGGGGAAUACCUUUAUGUUUUAAAAAGUUGGAUUUAUUUUUAAUUUCAUUGAAAAUUACCUUUUUCAUGAGGCUUACAGAAAAUUAAAUGAAAGUAAAAAUGUUACUGUACUAUGUUAUUGAAACAAGAAUAUUUUUUAUGUAGAAGUUAAAGAAAGAAUUCAGAUAAGCCUUUCACUCUUCUACAAAUGGAAUUAUUUUAUUUCAUUAUAUUUGGCUUAAUAGUAUUGCCCUCUAAUUAAAGCAGUAUUAUGAAACCUGAUUAAGGAGCACAUCCAGAGGAAUAGCAUAUUAUUUUAGGAUAUCACUGUAACAAGUCCCCUUGAAUAGCAAUAUAUGUAUAUAUAUAUUCAGCCUCAUUAAUAUAAGCAAGUUUGGGUUUUGCUGUUUUUAAAAUAUAUAUAUAUAAUAUUAUAGUUAUUAUAUAUAUAUUUUAUAUUUUAUAUAUAUAUAUAUAUAUAUAUAUAUUCUUUGUCCUCUCCAACAGCAGUUCCCAGACUAGAAAGAUCCUUUUCUUUUGGGAAACACAGGGACUAAUUCCUUUUGUAAUUCAGAACAAGUCCUUCAUAUGGACUUGUCCUUCAUAUGGACUUCAUGUGGACUGCCUUCGUAUGGCAGGUAUGAAGGUGCUCCUAGCACAGUGAUAACAUCUCCUAUUGGCAUGGGGCAAUUUGGACUUUAUUUCUGUCAUCUCUGUGUGAGUAGUAGUUAUGGACAAAUUGAGAAUAAAAUGUGUUCAUGUAAAUUUGUAAGUGUGGGUAGAGGUGGAAAGAUUCACAAUUCAUUCUCUGGUGAAUCAUAACGAUUACAAUCAGAGGUAGACCCAACCCAGAAAUAGAAAUGAGCAAAUGGAGAUUUGUUUGUUAAUAAAAGCGGUAACAUAUCUUUUUAAUUUCUUCAGCUGAUUGCCUUCUCUUUCAUUCUGUUCAUCACUUUACAUCCAAAUACUCAUUGAACAUCUGUAAAAAUUAAGAGUUGAAAAUGCUACCUUUUUCACACACACGCUAUAUAUAUAUACAUAUAUAAAUCCAGAACUGUUAGGCUUUUGUCAAGAUAACUUGAAAGCAAAUUUUGCUGAUGUGAAGUCAGUUGCUUAUGGCAGAGGGUAAAAGUGAAGAAUAAAAUGAGACCUAGCUACUGAGUACUAGUGCAAACUGAGUUCAGGAAAGUGUAAUUCUGCUCAUAAACACAGCAAACAUCAAUUUUAAUCAAAAUUAAUUUUGUGGGUAGGAAGAGAGAAACACAACUGGAUUCAGCCUUGUCACAUGCAUGAAUAAUGAUCAGUACAAAUUAUCACAACUGCUGAAACAAUUGAAAAACAAGACUCUGCCCUUUUACUGUAAAAUUAAUAGUUUGGUUGUUUGUGUGUUUUUUUGUUGUUGUUGUUUGUUUGCUUGUUUUUGUUUUCCUUUUUUCUUUUUUUGCUGGUCAUAGCAUUCUUGCAUUGCAUUUACAUACAUUUACAUACAUUUAGACAAACAGGAGGUAGUAUUAAGAAAGUGCCCCAAGUAAUGCUGUGAAUUCUUACAAAUGCAAGACCAAUUGUAGAAAUUAGGAUAAAUUUUUGAACGUUAUACAAAUGAACAAUAGAAAAAAUAUUUAUUAACAGUUUGUAAUGCAAAAAACUCUACCCAAACCACAUUUUCUUGUUACAAUCUUGAUAAUGCCUUCCUGAAUCCCUUCAUGGAGAGUAUGAAACAGGAACACUUUGUCUUUCUGCUGUUAUGAAGUCAGUGCUUCAUAUUAGUAUUACUUGGAAAUCUCUCAGGAUGAAUAUAGUAGGAACAAGUAACGAGUUCUCACCAAGCUUGGAACCUAAAUAAACCAUUAACCAGUUUCAAGGCUGAAUUACUAUCAAGUUAUGAAUGCUUUCAUCUAUUUUUAACUUUAUAAGAAGCAUGUAGAAUUAAAAAAUGUGACUGGUUUUAUAUAGACAUUGGAAUAGAUGUCACUUUUUCCAGGUAAAAAACUGCUGUUUGAUACAGUGACAGGAAAAUAUUUUUAUGGAUUUGGUAUAAACCACCUGCACUUGUGUUGAUUCUAAUGCACAGAAAUGUGUUUUCGCUUUAGGUCCUGAGAACCUUUCAUCUGUGUAGGGAAUUUAAAUUUCUGCAAAUCAUGCAGAAUGGUUGGUUGUUGUAUGUGGGUUCAGCUUUCCUCAAAUCAUGCUUUGGGUUUCCCCAAAUGUAGUAGGAGAGGCAAGCUAGAUCCAAAAGGUCUCCAGCUCUAAUCUUUCCCUGACCUCUGUCAUGACAGGAACAGUGAGGCCACAGGCUAGUCUUGUCCCCACAUCUACUAUGGCAACAAAAUUAUGUUACAAAGCUUUACCCAGGCCCCUCUGGCAAAGGAACCUGAGGUUAAACUACCUCAACUAGCAAGAUUCAGACAUUUCUCCACUAGCUUCCCCAUCUUCUGUUACAGAUGGGAAAUGCAGGUUCAAAGAGUAAAUUUUAAGCACCAUUUGUCCUCAUAGGAAGGUUUGUGUCAGAAGGCUGAGAUUAUUUUUCCAUGUUUCUGUAAGGACAUGGAAAGUAGUCUCCUCCUGCCCCAGGUUCAAUAGUGCUUGUGGGGCAGGUAGGCCUUGCAGUUCAUUAGCUGAAGCUACAGAUGAUGGCUGAAGGGAGAUGGGGUUCUUGUGUCUGUAAACAUUUGUCUAGGUGUAGCAUCAGGAAAGGUGAAUAAGAUUUUUGUGUAGAAGUCAAUACUGGUAUGAAAAUAAAUGCAGUCAGGCUAGGAACAUAGUAGAAAUUAGGUCCGUAGAAAUCAAGGUUACUUCAUAGGAUAGCAGGAACCUCAAAGUUUCUGCUUUGUGAACUAGAUUCGGUUUUCUUCAAUAUAAAUGCCCAAAUGUUAGUUGACUGGGCCUAAGUAUAUUUUCUAGACAUCUUCUAUAAGGAAUGAGAAAUGAAUAGCAUCUCCAGGAGUCUAUUCAUCCCAGAUAUUUUAGCAUCUUAACUUGGAACAGGGAGAAUCCAACCACAUUACUGAUCUUUCUUCAUUGGUCUUCUAAGGAGUUAGAGACAGCUAGCAUGCACUUAAUGCCUGCUUUUUAGACAAAGAAAGACAGAUCAAAUGACUAUCACUCUACAGUCUAAUUUAGAAAAUUAAAUAUUGACACUUUUGCAGUGUCAAUUUAUUUAUUUAUUUAUAUAUUUUUUUUAAAGAAACCUGUUUUUUCAAUAGAAUACAGAAAUAUACAGACAACUUCUGACUUCAGAGGUAAGCAGGCAAUUUUUCAUUGGCCUAAUCAAAGCCAGAGCUUUGCAUCUUAAAUAUGGACAAGAUGGAACAUUGUAAGUCACAUUCAUAUUACAUGUGGACAUCUCUCCUACCCAAAGACUCUUCAAGGCACUAAGCCUUUGUUUUUUCAAAGUAAGUUAUUCGUAAUAAUUUUUACAGAAAAUGGCCAUCCAGGUAAACUCAAUGAAUGAAAAUGCUUCUGUCUGACCACAGAACAAACCUUCUUACAGAUUAUGUAUGCUUACAUGCAUUCUCUUGCAUCAUUCAUAUGCAGAAGUAUUUAAAACACUUAACUGGUUAGUUUAACCAAUUGUCUCAAAAUGCUAUGUAAUAAUAGUUAACACUGUUCUUACAUUGUCCUUAAAGUUUAAUAGACGUUGCCAUUAGAUGUUCUCUAGCAUUUCCUGAAUUCUUUAAUCAACUACAUGUAAUUAACAUCUUACUAAAACUAGAAUAUCUAGGUUCCAGUUAGCAUGAGUACAUUUUUCAUUCCUCACAACAGUAAACAUAUAUUGAUAUGCUAGACUGAGUACAAGUAUCAAACAUACACUACCUGUGCCAAAUGUUGUUCUUGUUUGUUUGUUUGUUUGUUUUUGUGGAACCCCAGCACAAUUCUUUUAUAAUGCAAAAAGCAGCCAACAACUAUAAGUUAAAAGGAAUGUGUAAGAGAAGUGCUGGUUCUUUAACAUGCAAGUUGGAUGCUGAGGUCAAAAGUGCUUAUUCUACUAUGUAAGUUAUUUGCAUCUUCUGUAAAGGAAACAGAGCUGGUUUUCUGAAGGAUAACUGAGACUCCUUUUGAUAUUCAUGGCAGAUUGUUUUGGAUGGCUACCUUCCAGAAAAUCUUAAUGGGGAGAGAAAAAUAUUCUGUGGAUGAAUGUAAAUAUCCCUUUUUCCAGGGUUUUACCCUAGACUCACCUCUCUAAACUGUACACUCUUCUUUCAGAGGUUUCUUUUCAUCUGUUUCUAAACAGCAUGAGUAUUUAUCUAUAAUGAUGCUGUGGUGAGGAAUGAUCCAUCCUUCAGGUUAACAGAGUGCACUGUUGAAAAAGUCCUUCACAUGCAAAAUAUUGCUAACUGCUUGUUCUUCAUAAAAGGGAAGGAAAUGACUCACACUGGAGAAAUGUUAUAGUGAAGACUGUUUACACUUCAUGCUGAUAGAAAAAAAAAAAAAAAAGAAGUUCAAAUAAAAGAUGAGAGUUUCUGUAGAAAAGAUUUUCUGAUGGGAAAAGAGUUAGUGCUCCAGGAAAGUUAACUAAGGGAAACUGUCAGAAAAACACCUGAACCAGGCAAAUACUUUGGAAAAGGGUUGGCAAACAAGAAUUUAAUGGAGUUCAAGUCAUAAGGAAAAGUGGAAUAUGGGCAGCACUGAGGCAGUCUGGGAUGCAUUGGAGGGAUGAGUCUGUGGAUUCCUAUUUGCAAGGAUUGUCAGAAUGGCCUGUGAAACUGGACUGGAAAGGCACACCGAGGCUGUCCUGCCUAGGGGUUUCAGAGUCAGGAAAAACAGCAGAAAAUAAUGGAACUGAAGUACAAACGAAGUAAAAAGGAAUUGGGAACAUAUUCUUUUCCUUUUCUACUCAUUAAAAAUAAAUUUGAAAUAUCCAUUACAGCAUGAAAACUUUUUGUAAAACAACACUCUUCUCCUUACCUUUGUGGUAUGUAACAUCAACGGUUAUUGAAAUGGUGAAAGCUUUCAGACUGUAACUUAUUUCCACAGAUUGUGGCAACUUGCUUCACUACUGUUGUUAGUUUUUACCAUUUGAAGAAAAUAUUUUUUUUAUGUCUGCUGCCUAAAAGUCAAUCUAUGAUCCUAAUUCACAUGCAAGUAAGGCCUUACCUCAAUAAGUAUUUCUCAACAUAAUUGUGGAAUCAAUGUUAUCUUCUUGAAAACCCUGAGUCCUUCCAAUAACAUGGUGGGAAAACAAAGCAACUUUUUUCUGGCUCUAGCUGACCCUACCCAGGUUUCUGGUAAAUGAUGUCACUAGGCGGGUACAGUGUCUCUGUGAGGUCCCUAGGCGCAGGAGCUUGGUGUGUUGAUAUAGCAGAAGUAGUACUAAUUUGACUUUUACACAAAAGCAGGUACUACUGAAGUGGUUAAGAGCACUGCUGGAUGGUUUUGUGCUAAGCUGUUGGAAUGGAAUGUGGUGAAGGUGGUGAGGAUGUUUGAUACUGGAUGACAAGGACGUUUUGCCAAGACUUAAGGGUCACUAUUGAGAAUAUUAAUAAAAUGUAACCACAGUCACUGUAAUACAGAAAGAUUUUGACAAAAUCUUUGUAAGGUUAUUGUGCUCCAAGUGAUGUUAAAAUAUAGAAUUUAUGUAAGUGUAAAUGAACUGAAGUUUAGCUAUUGGAAUAAAAAUCUGCAGAUGCAUUGUGGGAUAUGUAUAAAUGAAUGUGUAACCUAGAUGAUAUGGGUUAUAAAAGAUGGUACUUUGACCAUCUGUCAGUGAUUUUCUUUUACUCAGCUAAGGAAAUUGUGGAUAUGAAAAGAAAUAACAAUUUAUUAGCAAGUUUUUGGAUUGUAAGAAUGUGUUUUGAUUUUUUGUAAUAAAGAAUGUUAACU